AAAACUUGCAUUAGCCGUGCGCAGGAAAGAAAACAUUGCAUUCCCGAGUUUUCCUCCCAACUUUGAGGAUUACAAUCACCAGGUAUUACCUCAGUACAUUGUCUACAUGCUGACAACUAGUUUGUUGCGAUGGUCAAACCAGCGUUUCCUUUUUUGGCACAGCUGCUGGUAGGCUUUUGAAACGGAAGACUAUCAUCACUUUGUUAAAUCGGAAUUGGGAAUACAUGACUAUGCACCAUGCCCAAAAGGAAAGCAAACACAGGGACACAGGUGACACUCAAGUAUGCCAAAAAGGCCAUCCGGAUGAAACCCGACGGCUGGCGGCGACUCACACUUAGCAACAUGGGCAUAACCAUUUUCCCGAAGUGUAUCCUCAAAUUGACUAAUAUGGAUGAGUUGGAUCUCAGUCGCAACCACAUACAAAAAAUCCCAGAGGGCAUCGGGAAGUUGUCAUCGCUCAAGUGGCUGGACCUUCACAGCAACAAGCUGGAGUCUGUGCCCGAGUCCAUUGGUAAACUGGCGGGCUUGACCUAUCUCAACCUCUGUAACAAUCGUCUCACCUCGUCAGGUUUGCCCACUACGCUGGCUUCCCUUAAAAACCUGACGAGUCUAAAUCUGGGGUUGAACAAGCUGGAUGACCUGCUUCCUACGAUGGUCCCUAUGGAGAGCCUCCAAGAAUUAGGCUUGUUCGACAACCUCUUCACCCACCUCCCAGACUUUGUGAACGCACUCCGCAAUCUGACUAAAGUCAACAUAAAACGAAAUCCCUUGCUGAUAGUGAAUGAGGACGGCGAGGAGAUGGAAACCGAAAAGUCAGAUGACGGUGUGUACUUUGUCCACGAAAGUAGACUGUGUAGUGUGUGUCUGAAAAUAUGUAAAGACCCAGGAGGAAAGCAUUUGAGAGAUUGCAUGAGGGAAAGGUUUGAGGACAAAAGGUCUUUUUCGGGACUCGGUACACCGAACUCGGUGGCUGCGGUCAAUCAGGAUGUGUGGAGAGUUAAGAAACGAGAACACUUUCAAAUGUUGGAAAGCAAUAUUUAGGUAUGAAAGCAUUUGCUGUGUCAGUAAAUGACUGUUUCUUAACUACCUGGCAUUAGCGAUGAUGUCAGCAACGCCUCUGCCUUUUAAUGAUGAGACCACCUUGCACAACCUGCAAGACAGAUUGUAGAGCAAGGUAACACUCAUGUCAAGAGAUUUCACAUCCAUCAUUCGGAGAAGUCUUUUUACCGUUGGUAUGCAGAGACAUGGUCUUUAUUUAUAAACACCAAAAAGGCUGAGUGGCCAUUUUUCAUGAAGACCUCAAUGGCAUUGUCCUAUGAAAGAAGACAGUGUUUUACUUUAAGGCAGUGCUUCUCAAUUAUUUUCUGUUACGCCCCCCCCUAGCAAGAAGAAAACUAUUCGCGCCCCCCCUCCCCACCGUGACUAUCCUAACUUGUCUUGUAAGUCGUAAAAUGUUGCACUGUUGCAAACGUGACAGAAGUAACAAUGAGAGCGCCACUGCCCCCUGCUGUAGUAAACGCGCAAUUACACUUUAUUCUAGUACUGCCAAAAUAAAAGCCUGUUCCCCAGGGUCACACGCGCCCCCCCAGGAAUAGCACCGCGCCCCCCAAGGGGGGCGCGCCCCACUAUUUGAGA